CCACAAGGGGGUGGCCAAGGAGAGCCCAGGACUGCCAGAACCUCAAGGUGGUGACCAAGGACAGCCCAGGACUGUCAGAACCACAAGGGGGUGACAUCUCCAAGCUCAGAUUUAGGAGCAGCUCCACAGAAGCCUCAGCUCUGUGCAGAGCUCAUGUGGGAUCAGGAGUUCUCCUCUCCCAAGGAAUGACCUCCAGACCCUGGGGGUUUGGGAGCAGCAGGGAAGGCUCCCUGGAGCAAUUCCAGGGAAUCUGUGCUCAGCCUGCUGCUCAAGGAGCUCCUGCUGCAGCUUCCCUCAGAUUUUCCUCCUUCCUGCAUGGCCUGCUGCGAGAUGAAUUCAGCUGUUCCCUCGUCAGAGGAAGGGAGCAGAGAGGAAAUGUGUUGUGAAUGAGCCAAGCUGAAUUCCAGGCUGGAGCCGCCCCUGCCUCCCACCCACAGCCUGGUUCCUGCCUCCUCUCCACCUGGAACCUUCAAAUGCAGCAUCCAGGCUGGGAAAUGAUUCCCCUGAAAUGUGAAAGCUCCACGUGCUGGGUGAGCCCCCCAGGGCAGAAUUCCCAGUAAAAAACCUGAACAUCAUUCCUGACACCUCUCCAGCAAUUCCAGCCAAAUCCAGGCCUGGAAAAUUCAUCCAUAGGAGAGGGAUCUGCGUGGAGGGAAGAGGAGCUUUGGGAGAGAGGGAAGCAGCAGAGGGAAAUGAGAGAAAUCCAGGCAAGGAAAGAGCAGGAAGAUUUGGAGCCCUGCGUUAGCUCCUGGUGAAGUUUUCUAUUCCCUCGCUGCAAAAUGGGCAAAACACGAAUCCACAGACUGCAAAAAAGCUGCAUUUUGGUCUCAUUCCCCCCCUCCAAACCCCUCUGCUCUGAGCCCCUCUAAGCAGAUUUGAUUCCAGCAGGAAAUCCUGGAGGUUUUCCCAGAUGCAGCAGGAGCAGGAGGCAGCUGUGCUGCUCCAGAAUGGCUGGGGUUAAACCCAAUCAGCUGCCAGCCUCAGAGUCAGCUAAACAGAGAGAAAACAAAAUUAUCCCAAAUUCUCUCUCCUCCCCCACAGUGCAUAAACAGCAGAGCCUGAAAGCUCUCCAGAAAGUCACUGAGGGUAUUUCUCUAAUCAGAAGAGAACGGGGAUAAGUGACUGUGCAAUAAAAAAGUCAAUUAUCCAGCAGAGACACAUUCCCUGCUCCCAGCCUGCAGACAGAACCCACGGCCACGUGCUCACCAGCCCCAACAACCAACACACUGAGGGGUUCCACAUCACCCAGGGCCUUUCUGGGGGGGUCUGUAAACCCAGGAUCCAGCAUUCCCAUUGACACCCAGCAGGAAUGUGGUUUCCAUGCCCAUUUCCAUGCACAGCUGUGUGCCUGCACACCUUGGGACCCAGCAUGUGCAGAGGAGCCCUCAAUGAACAGAGAGGGCUUUUCUUGGGGUCUGAAAACCCAGAACCAGAUCCAGGAUCCAGCAGAAAUUGUUUUCCAUGCACAGCUGAGUGUCUGCACACCCUGGGAUGCAGAAUGUGCAGAGGAGCCCUCAAUGAACAGAGAGGGCUUUUCUUGGGGUCUGAAAACCCAGUGCCAGAUCCAGGACCCAGAAUUCCCAGCAGAAAUUGUUUUCCAUGCACAGCUGUGUGCCCGCACACCCUGGGACUCAGCAUGUGCAGAGGAGCCCAUGAUGAACACAGAGGGGCUCUGCACCCCACAGAGAGUUUUUUUGGGGGUCUGAAAACCCAGUGCCAGAUCCAGGACCCAGAAUUCCCACUGGGAACCAGCAGGAAUUGUUUUCCAUGCACAGCUGAGUGUCUGCACACCCUGGCACACAGAAUGUGCAGAGGAGCCCUCAAUGAACACAGAGAGGGCUUUUCUUGGGGUCUGAAAACCCAGUGCCAGGUCCAGGACCCAGAAUUCCCAGCAGGAAUUGUUUUCCAUGCCCAUUUCCAUGCAGAGCAGCGUCUGCGUGAGCACCAAGGAUCCUCUGGCUGCCCUGGGCCCCAGCAGAGCCCUGGGGAUGUCCCCACAGAGCCCCAGGGAUGUCCCCAGGGCAGCACAGGGAUGGCUCAGCUCUGUCCCCAGGCCAUGCAAGUCCCCAGGUGGGGACAGAGAAGAGGGGACAGCACCCCUGAGGUGUCACCAGCUGAACCACAGGCAGCACCCACAGCAGGAGCAAAUCCUGCUUGUCCCUCCUCCCUGUGGCUCAGCCAGCCCUGGGGACAGUCCCUGCAGCCACUCUGCCUCCAGAAGAGAUUUCAAGCAACACCUCUGCCCUUCCCUGGGUGUCCCAGAGCUGGGCAGAGGGAAGAACCAGCAGGAUUUGGGCUCAGACCAGCAAUGCUGUGAACUCAGGGAUUUUUUGAGCAAGAGCUGCCAAUUUUUUGCCCUCCCCUCCUCGUGAGGGUGGACUCAACCACCAGCCCUGCAAAGGAGGAGAAGAGGUAAAACUGCAGCAAGCAACACGGAACGGGGAGGGGAAAGGACCAGAAAGGUUGAUAACUUUGCUGACAGCAUAAAAACCGGAGUUUUGAAGGGAUUCCCACCCCAUCCUUGAGGGUUGGGGCUGAGUCAAGGCUGAGAGGGAGAGAGAGCAGGCGGGGUUAGGUGGUGCAGGUGCUCUCUGUGCUCAUUAGAAGUCAUGCAUUGUAAGAGACCAUC